AUGGGCUCAGCAGGCGAUGUCUCCCAAAGGGGGGUAGAGCAGGAUGAUCUGGUCAUGCCGCUGAUUGACUUUGGCGCCUUCCUGCACGGUUCUGCCGCCGCCAAACAGGCGACCGCCGAGCAAAUUUCAAAGGCCUUCAAGUCCUCAGGCUUUCUGUACCUGCAGAACCACGGAAUCCCCGAGGAUCAGGUUUCCUUGGCCUUCGCGCAGUCGGCCGACUUCUUCAAGCGUCCCCAGGAUCAGAAGGACGGGCUGAGAUGGACCACCCCGGACGCCAAUCGCGGCUAUGUAACCUGGGGCCGCGAAAAGGUUACCCAAUCCGACGACCCAGAUGUCAUCGCCAAACUGCGCGCCUCGAACCCGGAUCUGAAGGAAUCCAUGGAGAUCGGCCGUGAAGGGGUAGAGGGGAAGCCCAACCAGUGGCCUGCACACCUGGAUGAAGCUGGCGCCGCUUUCACCCGGGACAUGCAGCGGUUCUUUCUCACCUUGAAAGACUUGCACGUCAACGUCAUGCGCGCCAUAGCCCUGGGCAUGGGCAUGGAGGAGCACUUCUUCGACAGCUACACCGACGGAGGGGACAACACGCUCCGACUGCUACACUACCCGCCCGUGAAGAAGAGCGUUUGGCGGGACAACCCGAACCAGGUCCGCGCGGGUGAACACUCGGAUUACGGCUCCAUCACGCUGCUGUUCCAAGACGACAUUGGCGGGCUAGAGGUCAAGUCCCCCAAGGGCACGUGGGUGCGAGCCACGCCCAUCCCGGGCACCAUCGUGGUCAAUGCGGGCGACUUGCUGCAGCGCUGGAGCAACGAUCAGAUCAAGUCGACCAACCAUCGCGUUAUUCAGCCCCCACCGGAAAACGCGGAUCUGACCGAUGAAGACCCGGACGCCAUGGUCCCUGCUCGUUAUAGUAUUGCCUAUUUCUGCAACCCCAACUUUGACCGCUGGAUUGAGGCCUUGCCAGGCACCUGGGAGGAGACGGGAAAGAAGUACAAGGGAAUCAAUAGCGGGGACUAUCUAGUGAUGAGGCUGGCUGCGACUUAUUGA